GGUUGAUAAUCUGUUGUAAACAAUACGCAAGUUACGAAUAACAAUAUUGUGCGUUGCUUGAAUAAUGCAUUCCAAAGAAAAAUUCUCUACGUCGCUGCGCGCUAAAAUCUUUAAUCAGUUAUCCAAAAUAAAAGCUGCAGAUGUUAGUCAAGCCGCAAUCACACUACCACCGGAGGAACCAAAAGACUCGAAUUCCGAUUCGGAAGAUGACUCCGUAGGAUCCCUUGCCGAUCAUCUGGUCCGGCUGGAGGACAUAGAUUUGGACUCACAAUUUUAUAGCCAGCCAUUUUCAGACACGCCAGGUUCGCUCCAGGCUGUCCAAGAGACACAGCUGAAAGAAGAAAUAAGCGAUGUCGAUUCUGAAUGUGAGACGCAAAACAGCCAGAGGGUCAGUAUCAUGUUAACCCAGUUGAACGAUUUCGAACGCAAUUGUGAUGCCGCCAAGAACUUGUCCAGCAGUUUAAAUUCUGAAUGCAAUGCCAACAUUUCAUGUGGGCGACAUGAUGAAAUUGCACAGGUAAUUUGUGACCAUGAGUUUCUACAGAGCACUGAUGGAGCAAUGUGCAUCGAUGGGAAUUUUUCGGAAGAUGAAUGGGAGCCUAUACAUGGUUUUACUGAUAAAAUAUCAACGGAAAGCAUUGAGGUAAUUGUAAGCCAACCUCCAAAAAACAUCAGUAAAGUGCUAGAUGUUGAAGCACAGCUGAAAAAGUUGUUACAGGACGAACGACGAGAAAAACAGUUAUUGCUUCACAAAACUCAUUUACUUUGCCUUUUAAGUUAUGGUUUUUAUUUAAAUCGUCUAGCCAAUGAGUUAGUGCAAGGUCACCAAGACGAUAUUUUACGUACAUUGUAUGGUGUCUCAAACGAAGUUCCCGAACACAUGGAUCUUAAGUACCUUCGAACAAUCUGUGAUAUGUAUAGAAAAAACAACGGAUUCGAGGAGUUCCCACUACGAACGUCUACAAGCAAGAAUACUUCUAAUAUAGCAUAUAUGCACGUUUCAUCUAAAGAGGCCUUUGUAAUUCUGUUCACAGCUGUUUUACGAUUUAUGUGCAUCGAAGCUCGAUUGGUCAUGCAUUUGAAUGUAUUAUCCAAAAGCCUUGCUGUUGAAAGAAGAAAUAAGCACCCUACUUUGCCCAUCAUGUCUAACACGGCCAUGUCUCGUGAACGAUAUCCCAACGUUCCAUUGACAACCGCGGAAAUAUUAAAACGCAAACCAGAAUUAAUCCAUUUUUCACAGAUACCCCAAAUGGAUGGUGCUGACGAUGAAAUUGUAGCAGAGAAACGACCUCGCCUGAAUAAUGAGCUCGAUACAAGACCAAAAUUGUGGAAAUUGAAAAAAAUCAAUAACUCUAUUACAAAGGUGUCGAGCAUGGAAUCGGUCAUUAACCAACGUGACAUCAAAUCGAAAACUGGGCCGGCAACAAAAUCGUCGUUUUUCAAAAAAUCGCGCAAAACUCAGGACAAAACUAAAAAAGAAAGACAAGAUAUUAGCCCGAGUAAUCGCGCUGAUCAAUUGCCUCAACAAAACGAGCGCACAAUUUGGGUUGAAGUAUUUCUACCGGCUGAAAAGCGUUGGCUAGUAAUUGAUAUACUACUUCCUGAUAAAAUCGAUUGUUUGGAUCACGUGGUGAAAAUGCUUUCACAUCCUCUGCCAGCCUAUGUUUUUGGUUGGAGCAACGAUAACACUCUGCAUGAUGUUUCUGCUCGCUAUUGGUGGAACAAUGAAACAGGAGCCAGGAGACUAAGGGUGAUGGACAAGUGGCUGCUACCAGUGUUGCGCAAUUUUGGAAGAAAACGAAAAACGUUAUUAGACCUAAUUGAUAUGCGGGAGUUUAAGCAGCUGCGUUUCCGUGCGCCAAUCCCGGAAAAAGUUUCAGAGUUCAAAAACCAUCCAUCAUACUGCCUGAAGCGUGAUCUACUCAAGUUCCAAGCGAUUUAUCCACCGGAAGCUCCACCGCUGGGAUUUUUUCGUGAUGAACCUAUCUACGCACGCGAAUGCGUUCACACGCUUCACUCGCGCGAAGUAUGGCUGCGCCACGCUAAAGUCAUACGGCUGUACGAACGGCCCUAUAAAGUGGUCAUGUCUAAGUUGAAACGAGAGAAAACCGAGCUGGAACUGUUCGGUUACUGGCAAACGGAAGAAUAUGUACCACCCGAACCGGAGAACGGACGCGUGCCGCGUAAUGCCUACGGAAAUAUUGAGAUUUUUAAAGACUGCAUGCUACCCAAGGGAACGGUUCAUCUAAAGCAGAUCAAUAUAUCCAAAAUCUGCCGGAAGAUGAACGUGGAUUACGCUACUGCUGUGGUCGGUUUCGGAGUGCAUGCCGGAGGCAAUCACCCGGUGUUUGACGGGAUCGUUAUUUGCAAAGAGUUCGAACAACGGGUGCUAGAAGAGUACGAACGAGAAAAGGUGGAGCAAGAACUUAGAAAGCACCAGAGGCGCGAGAAGACUAUAUAUGAUAAUUGGAAAAGGUUGAUUAGAGGUUUAUUAGUCAGGAAUCGGUUAAAAUGUCGAUAUAAUUUCGACAAUCUGUGAUAAGUAAGUUUUUAGGUUUAACAUAUAUUUAUUUGUAAAAGGCCGUUUGGAACGUAUAAAAUAUCAGAUUAGCUUGAAUAAACACAUAUU